AUGAAGAAAUGCCAGAGGCCAACAUGUGCUUUAUGUGCAAAGGGAGGGAAGCUGUGCUACUAUCCCCCAGAGAUCUCGCGAAAACGUAAAAAUUGUGAUGAUAGCUAUGUCCGUAACCUUGAAGACAGAGUGAAAGCUUUGGAGGCUCAAUUUGCAAUUUAUCAAAGUUCGGAGCCUCAAUCUGAAGAAUAUAUGGGCCAUGAGGUUUUGCCUAUAUCUAGUCCCGUUACCACCAGUUCGCUUACUUAUGAAUCUGAGGCCAUGACUCCAGAAAACAUUGAUGGGCCCAAUGAUCCAUGCUCGCAGACUGCAAUGAAAGAGCUUGCUUCAUUGAUGUUAACCAUGGAUAUCGAGGAGAAAGGUGAACCGUCAUUUACCAUCCCAAGGAACAAGUCAGCCUCUGGACAGAAUUCAAUUCCAACUGAGAACUUGAAUCCUGAUAUGAACAGUGGCAAAAUCGGAUUCUACACAGAAACGCGAACACAUCUCGUUGAGUGUUUCAUGGCUGCAUUCAAUAUUUAUCAUCAAUUUAUAGAACAAGCAGAGUUGCAGACCAUUCUUUUAGAGACCACGUUCUCAACAGAGCCGGAUUUUGACUUCCGUAAUCAUGCUUUACUUUCCGUGGGUGCCUUUCUUUCUCCAAAGCCAGAUGCAAAGGAGUUAAGUAGUCAUCAUGCCACAUCUGCUGAGAAUAUCCUAUUGAGAUGUAUACGGGAUCAUCCGAGUGACUUGGUUGUUCAAGGACUUGCAUUAUUAUCGUGGCGAGAGUUGAUGCUGGAGAAUAAUAGCAUGGCCUACACUUAUAUAGGCUUGAUAUUGCAUCUUGGGCUUCAUGUGAGCAGCCUCGGAUCAGGGAAGUUGCCAGACUUGACUUUGACUCGCAAUUCCGCGGCCGAUGACUACGUUCGUAAACGCCGAAUAAGGUCUUUUUGGGCUUAUUUCUCGGUGGAUCGCAUGGUAACCUCAAGUCUUGGGAUGAAUUGCACCAUACACUGGCAACGUAUUCGCAUAUCCUCAUUUUUCAGUGUUUUGGGUCAUAACCCAUUACCUGAUGAAUUAGCUCAUGAUAAGUUCUGCCAGCUAUGGCAUAUUUGGGACUCUUUCAUGGAUCAAAGGUAUGCGUUUGAAUGGGAUGGUUUGAAAGCUAAGCAACGGCAAAAUCUGUUGAAGUGCGCACAUCAAGCACUCACAGAUUUUUAUGCCAGUACCGACGAUAAGCUAGCUCUGAGUAAGACUUUCAUGCCGCAAACUUUCCUUCUUUUCCAGUUAGCAUAUCAUACUGCAAUAUUGCUCAUUCAUCGACCAUUUUUGAAUGAGCCCAAGGGCUCGGAAACUUUGAGCUUUGCCCUGAGAUCAGCGACAAAUGCUGCUGCCUCGAUAGCUCGAAUUGUUCGAGCCUAUCGAAAAUUUCGUGGUUUCGCUGAUGCCAAUCCUCAAGUUAUAGAUUACAUCCUUAGUGCUGCCGUAAUUCAUUUACUGAAUGCAACAUCUGGUCGCAACUCUCUAGGGAGGCAAUCUGCCAAUAGCCUGCAAAGUUGUUUGGAUGCUCUAGUCGAGAUGCAGAGUACGUGGCUGCCACAAGCAAGCAGGGCGAUACGAGAAAUUCAAGAGCUCGCAGCCAAAUGGAAAGUAGUGUGGGCAUUGCCAAUACGAUUGAGCCAGCGCCUACCAGAAAGGGAGAUUCAUCAAGGCCGCAAUCGAAUCAUGGUACCGAUGCAAGAAUUUCCAAACGUCUUUACUAGUGGCGCUCAAAUACCUCAUGGAUUUGAUGUGGGUGAAGUUGCGAAUAGGUACACACAUACUGGUUUCGGUAAUGACUGUGGAGCUCUGUGGGAUCCAAGCUUGUUUGAAAAUGCUUUGGAGCAUGUCAAUCUGCCUGAACAUAUUGCGUAUCAAUCAAGUCUCGAGUGGCUUUUCGACGAAAGCAAUCCCGGUCUACAAUAG